AUGUUUUCAAAGAUUAUUUUUUGUAAAUCGAAGGUUUUCAUCCAUCCAUCUUCUGUAGCGACAGAUAACGUUUCAGGAUAUAUCAUAAUAACAAUAGAUCCAAAUCAAUCCCAUCAGGAUGCUUUAUUAUAUUGGUUUCCAGAGAAUUCUUUAAAUUCGAGAGAAUUGGACUGGCUGAAUCGAGCAGAUCUGAAAUAUGGGAAGCCAUCAGCAUCGGCAACAUCUACUAGUCUUAUCUCAAGUGCAGAAUCUAUGGAUGAUUCAAUUCUUAUGGAUACUAAAGGAACAUAUUUAUCUUUUACAGUAAAAAUGUCGUCAUUAUACUCUAUGGAGUUUAGACCACCAAGUACAAGUGGUUGGUGGCAUGGGUCAAUUAUUCUCCAUCCAAGAAGUAGUGGAUUAGAAACUCUACCAGUGUUGUUUUUCCAUGAUGAUGUGUGUCCAUCUACAAAACUGAAGCAAAAGGCUUUACAAAAGAAUUUUGAUCCAUUUAGUGCAGGAGAUAUCUAUUGGGGCGGAAUUGAUUUACAAAUUGUGAUGUCUCAGCUGGUAGAUUUACAAAGAACUCAAGUAGACCCUAAUUUCUGGUUAAUUAAUGCAAGUCUGGAGGCCCUAAGAAAUUUUUCAAAUAAAGAUUUAAAAGACUUCAGAACCAAUACGUCAGAGGGUUAUACAGCUAGUGGUAAACCGAAAGACAAAAAAUCUUCAGCAGGGUUUUGGGAUAAAUGGGAGUCCACCAAAUGGUCAAUUAUGUCAGGGAUUGCUACAGCCACAGCUAAGAGUGAAGAAUAUAUGACUAAAUUAGUUAAUAAUCAUCCAGCUGUCAAAUUUGUUGAACGAAAUAACGAUAAUCCAUAUGUGAGAAACCUAUUAAAAAAUCCAAAAGUUCAAGAGAUUCAAAAUGAUUUUGAUUCUGCAAGGAUAUAUUUAGCUAAAUGGUCUCUUGGUGUUAAAGAGGAAGCAAAUAAGUACAAAUUGGAUAACCAAUUGAAUGAAUCGUACAGAAGGAUGCUAACUAAUGAUCUAGGUUUUGAUGUGGAUGCCGAUUCCAGUUUUACGGAAGAAGAAUUAAAUAGAGUUACUCAAAGAAAUUUCCCAUUAACUAGGCAAAAAUGGGAAUCCUUCUUUGAUAGUCAAGGUAGAUUAGCUGUCACCACAAGGGAAGUGAAAGAUUUCAUUUUCCAUGGUGGCGUGGAUACUAUGGAAUUAAGACAAGAAGUGUGGAUGUUUCUGUUGGAGAUAUAUCCUUGGGAUUCUUCAAAGGAUGAAAGGGAUCAAAUUGACGAAACAUUAAAAGAAGUGUAUAAUACACAUAAAUUCCAAUGGAUGACCCAGACAUUUGAAGAUGAUCAGGAAGAUGAUUACUGGAAAGAUCAACUGUUCCGUAUCGAUAAGGAUGUGAAAAGAAAUGAUAGACAUGUUGAUAUUUAUAAAUAUAACACAGUUAAUGGGGAACCAGAAGAUACACAACCUUCUGAACCACGCCAAGCGUUUGAUCAAUCGGGAGAACCAAAUAUUGAGCAAACUGAAGAUAAUAAUAAUAAUGAGGUGGGUGAUCAUUUUGAUGAAGACGAUGAUGAUAUUGAAAGUAUAGACGGGCAUUGGUCUAUCAAAAAUCCUCAUCUUAUUAUAUUGGCUGAUAUCUUAAAAACAUAUAACGUUUUCAAUCCAAAUCUUGGAUACGUACAAGGUAUGACCGACUUAUUGUCCCCAAUAUAUUAUAUUGUGCGAGAUGAAGUCAAGGCCUUCUGGUGUUUUGUACAUUUUAUGGAUAAAAUGGAACGUAAUUUCUUAAGAGAUCAAUCUGGUAUCCGUGACCAAAUGCUCACAAUGACAGAAUUGUGUCAAUUGAUGCUACCUCAACUAAGUGACCAUCUAAACAAAUGUGAUUCUUCUAAUUUAUUUUUUUGUUUCAGAAUGUUACUAGUUUGGUUCAAGAGAGAAUUCAAGUUUGAAGAUAUAUGUGGUAUAUGGGAGAUCUUUUGGACAGAUUACUAUAGUUCACAGUUUCAAUUAUUUUUUAUGUUAGCUAUUCUACAGAAAAACAGUGAACCGAUCAUUAACAAUCUGAAUCAGUUUGACCAAGUGAUUAAAUACUUCAAUGAUCUACAUAACACUAUGGACUGGAGAGACUUGAUGAUUAGAAGUGAGUUGUUAUUUAUUCGUUUUGAGAAACUAAUGUCCCUGAUGGAACGUAAAGAAGAAUUAGCAAGAUCUGACACAGGUCCAUCUCCUGAUCUAACUAGUGGUGAUACUCCAACGCCGCAAUUACCCAUCCAUAGUAAGCAUUUACAAUUAUUACUCUCUAAAAAGAUGGUGAUCAGCAAGGAACAAACUAGAACUUUGGAUUCUAUCCGCUAA